AUGAAAGUGAAAGGUCAGACGCCAUUGCCUUUCGCUCAGAUAGCUGUGUUGAUGGGUGUGAGGUUGGCUGAGCCUAUCGCGUAUACAGUGAUCUUCCCAUUUGUCAAUCAGAUGGUAGAGGAAUUAGGAGUGACAGAUAAUCCAGAUAGGAUAGGUUUUUAUUCUGGAUUAGUUGAAUCGGUAUUUGCAUUUGCUCAAUUCUUUACCGUAUAUCACUGGGCGAAAUUAUCAGACAAGAUCGGAAGGAAGCCUGUGAUCCUCUUUGGGCUAAUAGGAGUUGUAGUAUCAGGAUCGUUAUUUGGACUGGCAACUUCUUUCUGGAUGAUGAUUGCCUUUCGAUGCUUGAGCGGAGCGCUAAAUGGGAAUGUAGCGGUCAUCAGAGCUGCUAUUGGAGAUAUCACCGAUUCCACCAAUUCGACCGACGCUUUUGCGAUGUACGGUCUAACUUGGACUGUCGGAGCGAUCGUAGGCAAUGCUCUCGGUGGAUCCUUGUCACAUCCCUUCGAGAGAUUUCCAAAUCUCUUUGGUUCCCUGGAGAUACUUCGAACCUAUCCAUACCUAUUACCAUGUCUCGUAACGGCCGGUUUGACUUUGAUAGGUAUCCUAUUCUGUCUGAUAUUUUACCACGAGUCCCUACCAACUUUGGCAAACAAUGGGAAAGGCUCAUUGUCAUUCUUAUCAUUAUCAACCAUGUCAUUCAACAAUAAUAGAAAAUCACAUAAGAGAUAUCAAUCAAGUUCGUCUUUGAUAUCCGAGAGUGAAACUCUAGUAGGAGAUGAAGAAUCACCUUCAUCUUCGACUUCAGCGAAUAUAUUAUCAGAAUUACCCAGAGGAGAAGAUGGACCUGAACCGUUGUUUACGCCUACACGGAAGAGCGAGUGGGGAUUCUGGGAGUUGAUGGGGGUUAAGAAAGUUAGAGUCAUGGCUGCUACUGCUUUUUUGAAUGCUUUCGUACAAGGUGCUUGGAAUGCAGCUUGUCUUUUAUUCUUCUUCGAUCGAAAUAAUGGUCUAGCGAUGUCUGCCUCAUCCAUUGGAACCGCGUUCGCCAUCAACGGCCUCGUGACUAUCAUCGUCCAGCUGGUCUUGUUAACUCGUAUCAAGAGGUUAUUCGGAAUUGCAGGGGGUUACAAAGUCCUAACUAUAGGUUGGAUAUUCGUUUGGUUAUUCUUACCUCUUCUACGUCUAACGAAACCCCCUGGUGGGUGUGGUGGAUGGACCUUAUCGAUAUUCGUCAACGUAUACCUAUCAUUCGUGACUGUCAUUAACCUUACCGGUAGUUUAUUGAUGGUUUUGAUUAAUACUGCUUCUCCUGAUAAGAGUGCUUUAGGAGCUAUAAAUGGGAUAGGAACAGCGGUAGGAUGCAUGGCAAGAGUGAUCGGGCCAUCAUUGAUCUCAGCGUUAUUUGCGUACUCUAUGGAAACUCGAUUUAUGAACGGAAGAGCCUGGUGGAUCUUCAUGGUAUUAAUGUCAAUUAUCAAUCUCGUUGUUUCCUUCUUAGUUGAUAACGAACAGGAACAUCCCAACUCGCAUGAGGAAGAAGAACUUGCCAUGGGUCUUUUGGCAGAUAACGAAGAUCGAAACGAUGAUGACGACGAGCUGACGCCUGUGGAAAGGAGCAGCACGGCGAGAGAAUUGCCUAGAUAA